AAGACACCUUCAUCGUCUCACUCAAAACUGGAACAAAAGAUUGUUAGUGUGUCUCUGUCUCUUACCUUAGUCUUUCUCUAUCACACACUCACUCUCAGCCCCCACAAACAUCCGCUGCACCAAUCACAACUCACCCCUUUUCACUAUCUCUCUUCCAUAGAUCCCUGUCUUCCAAUCACUUCAACACACUUGACACAUUUCUCUUCACUCCCUGUACUACUCCCUGCACAACACACACAACUCAUAGCCACUGCUAUUCUUCUUAAAAGAUUUCAACUUUUUGCUUUUCUCAAUUGCCCCCUCUUCACUGUUUUUGGUCCUAUCAAAGAUUCUAGCUCCAAUUGUCCAAUACUACAUAGAUACGUGUAUUUAUCUUUUAGAUGCUCUUGGGAACCCUCCCAAGUCCCAAUUAUUGAGUGUCACUCUAGGAACCUCUCUAAUGGGGAUUUAGCCUUUUCCUUUCUCUUUUGCUUUUUGGUGAUUGUUUCAUCUUCUCUUAGAUCUGAAGAGUUCCUUAAGGGUUCAACCUUUGUCCAUCAUUUUAAGUUUUGGAAACAAAGCCUCUUCUAGAUUCCUUCCAAAUGCUUGUUGAUUACAUGUUUCUUUGUCCAUAAGAAGCUCCUAUCUGGGUUACCUCUCUCUCUUUGAACUUUUCUUAGAGAUAGAGGUUGAAUUAUAGAACACUGUUUUGGCAUGCUUCUUGCUAUGUGCAACUGUUAGUUGGAUCAAUGGAUAGGGGAAUUGAAGUACUCUCUCCAGCCUCCUACUUUCAAAAUUCCAAUUGGUUGUUCCAGGAAAGCAAGGGAGCAAGAUGGACCCCAGAGGAGAACAAGGUGUUUGAGAAUGCUUUGGCUUACUUUGAUAAGGACACACCAGAUAGAUGGAUGAGGGUGGCAGCCAUGAUUCCAGGAAAAACUGUUGGUGAUGUGAUCAAACAGUACAGAGAGCUAGAGGAAGAUGUGUGUGUCAUUGAAGCAGGUUUGGUCCCGGUUCCUGGCUAUACUGCUGCCAUUUCUUUCACAUUGGAGUGGGAUGAUAACAAUCAAGGCUAUGAUGAGUUCAAGCAGUUUUGUAGUGUUGGUGGGAAAAGGGGUGCAUCCACUAGGCCAUCUGAGCAUGAAAGGAAGAAAGGAGUGCCAUGGACUGAAGAGGAGCAUAGGCAAUUUCUGCUGGGUCUCAAGAAGUAUGGUAAAGGAGAUUGGAGAAACAUCUCUAAGAACUUUGUGACCUCAAGGACACCAACUCAGGUUGCAAGUCAUGCUCAGAAGUACUAUAUCAGGCAGCUUACAGGAGGGAAGGAUAAGAGAAGGUCUAGCAUCCAUGACAUCACAAUGGUCAAUCUCCAAGAAACAAAAUCUCCUUCAUCAGACACUACAAGGCCCUCUUCUCCCUUGCAGAAUCAGAAAUUGUCUAGCAUGCUUAAGCAAGAAUAUGAGUGGAAAUUGGCGUGUGAAGACAUGCCAAUUGUUUUCAAUUCAACAAACGGAAGCAUGUUCAUGGCAACGCCACUUCAUGGGAUUUCUUCAUAUGAAUCUAGACCACAGGAGCAUGAUUUACUCGGACAAUCUCCAUGGAUGCCGGUUUUCACCUUAUGAUACUAUUUUGCAAAUGCAAUUGAUGAACAAUAUGAUCUAUGCAUGUGAUGCAGGGUUUAGAGUUUUGAGGGUACAAAAGUUUUAGACCUUUUCCAGUGACUUUGGAUUGCUUCAUAGAUGGUUUGUGUGAUAUGUUGAGGUGGACUUGAGUUAGUUUCUAAUAAUUAGAAUAUUUGUAGAGGUUAGUUCCAAUUGUGUUCUGAUAUUAAAAUUCUGGGACUAUUCUGUCAGAGAAGUUAAGUUUGGGAUGUAUAAUAUGAUCUUCUGAUUACAAGUUUGGUAAUUUGAUUGUAGUUAGGUGGUAGGCUUGAGUGAGCUUGCAAUUGAUGUUCAUCUUCCUAUAUAGGGAGGAGUUAUCUGCAGAGUGCCCUGAGAAAGAGAAGUUAUAUCUUAACUUUUUAUAAGAUGCUUCAAAUAUACAUGAAGUUCCAAGUUUAUAUAUAGAAUUAAAUAAAAAGAUCAAUCAUGUUGAUGUACUAGUGGUGUAAUAUAAAGCAAUUUGUGUUGAUUUUUAUUA